CACCGUGGUCGCUGCUUCUGCUGCUGCUCCUCAUAUAAGUUCAUAAAGGGAAAAUGGAUGCCACCGUGAUUUUACCGAUCUUGAAGAAGAAAUUGGCUUUUCUCUCAGGAGGAAAGGACAGAAGAAGUGGCCUCAUUCUGACAAUCCCACUGUGCUCGGACCAGACCAGUAUGGAUGAGCUCAGUGUAACCCUGGAUUACUUGCUCAGCAUCCCAAGUGACAAGUGCAAAGCAAGAGGGUUCACAGUUAUCGUGGAUGGAAGGAAAUCACAAUGGAAUGUGGUGAAGACUGUGGUUCUUAUGCUACAGAAUGUUGUUCCAGCUGAAGUUUCGUUGGUUUGUGUGGUAAAACCAGACGAGUUUUGGGAUAAGAAGGUCACCCAUUUCUGUUUUUGGAAGGAAAAGGACCGAUUGGGUUUUGAGGUGAUCUUAGUAUCUGGAAACAAACUAACAAGGUACAUAGAACCUAACCAACUGACUGAAGAAUUUGGUGGGAGCCUAACCUAUGACCAUAUGGACUGGCUGAAUAAAAGACUAGUAUUUGAGAAGUUCACAAAGGAAUCCACGUCGCUGCUGGACGAGCUUGCUGUUAUCAACAAUGGAAGCGAUAAGGGAAGCCAGAACGAAAAGGAGAGGUCAGUGGAUUUCAAUUAUCUCCCAUCUGUUGACCCAGAGACUGUUUUACAGACAGGUCAUGAGCUGUUAUCAGAACUGCAGCAACGCCGUUUCAAUGGCUCAGACGGAGGAGUUUCUUGGUCUCCGAUGGAUGAUGAGCUUCUGGCUCAGCCUCAGGUCAUGAAGUUACUCGAUUCCCUUCGUGAGCAGUAUACAAGGUAUCAAGAAGUCUGCCGUCAGCGAAGCAAGCGCACUCAGCUAGAUGAGAUUCAGCAGAAGGUCAUGCAGGUUGUCAACUGGCUGGAAGGGCCGGGUUCAGAACAGCUCCGAACGCAGUGGGGGAUCGGAGACUCAAUCAGAGCGUCGCAGGCCUUGCAACAGAAGCAUGAAGAGAUUGAGAGUCAGCACAGCGAAUGGUUUGCUGUGUACGUGGAACUGAAUCAGCAGAUAGCGGCACUUCUCAAUGCUGGUGAUGAGGAAGAUCUGGUAGAACUAAAAACCUUACAGCAGCGGCUCAGCGAUGUGUGCUACCGACAGGCUAGCCAGCUGGAGUUCAGGCAAAACCUACUUCAGACUGCGCUUGACUUUCACAGCGUUGCCCAAGAUUUGUCGCAGCAGCUGGAUGGGCUCCUGGGGAUGCUCUGUGUUGAUGUGGCCCCUACAGACGGAGCAGCCAUCCAACAAACAUUAAAACUGCUCGAGGAGAAGCUUAAAAGUGUUGACACAGGCCUCCAGGGCUUACGUGAGAAAGGUCAAGGGCUUCUAGAUCAGAUUACCAACCAGGCAUCUUGGGCUUAUGGCAAAGAUGUCUCCACUGAAAACAAAGAUAACGUGGAUCAUAUCCAAGGUAUAAUGGAAGAUAUGCAAUUAAGGAAACAGCGGUGUGAAGAUAUGGUAGAUGUCCGAAGGUUAAAAAUGCUACAGAUGGUUCAGCUAUUUAAAUGUGAGGAAGAUGCAGCUCAGGCAGUAGACUGGUUAAAUGAAUUGCUGGAUGCCUUACUUAAAACUCAUAUUCGACUUGGCGAUGAUAGUCAAGAGACCAAAAUCCUUUUGGAAAAGCACAGAAAGUUUGUUGAUGUAGCCCAGAGUACGUAUGAUUACGGGCGACAGUUACUGCAAGCCACCGUUGUACUGUGUCAGUCACUUAGAUGUACAUCAAGGUCAUCUGGGGACACGCUCCCCAAACUUAACAGAGUGUGGAAACAGUUCACGAUAACCUCGGAGGAGAGAGUUCACCGGCUGGAAAUGGCUCUUGCAUUUCAUUCAAAUGCCGAAAAGAUUUUACAAGAAUGCCCAGAUCUUGGUGAGACAGUGAUGGAUUUUGAACAGUUUGAUGAGGUUGAAGCUGUUGGGAAAUCUGUGCUGGACAGAUUAACAGUGCCUGUAAUAUAUCCCGAUGGGACUGAACAGUAUUUUGGAACUCCAAGUGACAUGGCCUCCACUGCAGAACAUAUCAGAGAGAGAAUUAAGAUGGUUUGUUUGAAAAAACAGCAGCUUUUAGAGCCCGACGAGUCCAUUAGGGAAAGCUAAUAGACUGAUCUCUCCAUUUUCUCAUCUUAAGGCUGCAGUUUGUAAGACAGCAUGUCGUCAGCAUAUUACAGCAUUUGGUAUAAUCCAUUAAAUGCAUUUCAGACCCAUCCAAAGCAGCAUUUCCUCCACCUAAACAUUGUUCUUGUAUUGUGACUUCUCAUCUAUAAAGCCUUACUUAUUUAAUAUGCUGUGAAAUCCUAGACUCAAACGCUGAGAUUUAUCAAAGUUAGAAUUGCCUUGGACACACGCAGUUGUGUGAUCUGCAGACCUGGCUCCUUUACACGCCCUUUGAUGCAGUGGUUUAACCUAUGCGUGAAUGUAGGAAACUUGCCUAUUUAUGUGAUCGCAAAGACGUUUCCCAAGAAGCCAGCACAAAAAAACACACACACAAAAAAAGGGACAAAUUUACAUUUGGGCGAAUCAGAUGGAUGAACUUGCUCCGUAAGUAUCAAGGUCUUGUCUAAGUGUGUUGUAUACAGAACUUAUGUGUAUGAGAAUGCAUCGACCAAGAAAAUUAUUGGGGUAUAAUCCAUGCACCCCAAUUCUGCCUUUGAUAAGCAGAGCUCAAAGAAUGGUUUCAAUUUUGCACUGAUUUAAUUUCCGAUCCAUUUGCUGCUGGAAGAGCACCAAAAUAAGGGAUGGACGCUUCUUUCUCUAUGGCACUAACAGUCAAUAGGUGGUGCCCGUCAUCCUCUGCAGGAUCAGUAAGGACAACGCAUUUCUUUCUUAAAAAAAAGAAUGGGCAAAAAAAAAGGAGGGGCAAAAGGAUUAUAUCAGGGAUGUCAUACCUGUGGUUAUCCAGCUUUUAGUAAUCUAGAACUCAACACCAACAGCCGUUGCCCUCAAAGUUGAACUUUCCUUACUCACCUUAUGCUGGGAGUUGUAGCUCCAUAGUUUGGACUUCCCUAAGGUGCCUUCAGCAGUCUGUGGUAUCCUGGAAGUUGCAGCUUUCCAGCAGCUCUAUGGGUUGGGCCUCCCGGAGGCGGGUGUUGGCCUUCAGCUACAUUGCCAUUGGCUGUCCAUGCUAUGUGACAUGUAUUCCUAGAUUAGCCGCUGGUAAAAGCUUUUUAAUGGUGCUACCAAAAUUGAAGGAAUUUCUCAUUAAUAAUAAUAAGACUUUAAAGUGCUGUUCCUGACCAGAUAAUGUAGUAUUUUUAGGACGUAGGUAAUAUACCAGUUGUUUUUAGGCAGUAGCGUACUUCCACAUGUGUCUUAUUACCUGAAGACAUUUCCUUUUGUUAUUGUGCCAUUAUGCAAACUGUCCACGAAACCUUUGAUAUAUCAUAUUCAUGAACCCAUUGUUUUCUUACUUGUAUGAAACAAUGUAUUUAAAGCUGUUUGUGCUCAAUAAAACCAUCUUUGUAAGAUCGGA